GCUGGCAUGGCUGGCAUACGUACACAUGGCUUGGAGGGGAGGGGAGGAGAGUGUGACUAUAGAACGCAACGCUCUCUCUCUCUCUCUCUCUCUCUCUCUCUCUCUCUACCCCUAGAUAUUCUUUUUAUGAUAAUCACCACCAUAACUACAUAUAGCCGAUAAUAACGGAGACAAGAUGGCGAGCGAGCAGUUGGAGCCGGUUCCCUACCCCGUGUAA